UAUUGGCUAGCACGGUCUCCAUGUCGAUUGACGCUUCUCUAGUUCAAUAGAAAUAAAAAAUGAAGAUGAUCGGCUAUAUGAUUGGCUAAGGGAAAAACAGAUGGCUUCUAACGCUCCUCGGGCAUUCUGACGUAGUUCCGGGCGCUUCGCUGCCGGAGGCCAGCUUCUUCAGCUGGUGAGGUGUUUUACGAAGGCAAUAGCCGCCGGAAGUUGUGUCAGUUUUUGGAUUUUUCUUUUCUUUCUGACGUGAGUGGGUGCGUUAUUAUAAAUUGUCGGCUUAACCCCCCCCCAGGAGAAUUUUACUAACUUUUUUUUUCUCGGCAUAGUAGCGGCUGUAUGUGGAAAUCCAGUCCUAUAUACAUACACAUGUGUAAACCGGGGCAAUUCAGUGCCCUAUGAGAGCCCCAAAUUACCAAGGCACAGGAUUCGGUUUUUGAAAAGAAAAGUGGGGGAACGAGGCGGCUGAGUUCAGGUGGCUUCAGGUCACUGCCAGCAGGCCUCUGUGACGUCACCGUGGGGCGGGGUUUUCCCUGAGGGCCCGCGGGGCUCUGCCCAGAGCUGCCCUUUCUCUCUCACUCCUCCAACUUUUCCUCUGUGAGAUUUUGUCAUGAAUUGAAAACUUGUUUUUGACCUUGAAUUCAGAAGACCACCUAGUAUAUCCUAUUCUUACAUUUAGCACUGAAACAUUUUUUGUUGAAGAAAUGUCUUCAGAAUCAGAAAAGGGUAAAGAAAGGCUCGUUCAAGCUGCCAAAACAUUCUUCUUUCAAAUGCAUGAUAUUUCCUCCUUUACAAAAACUCUCAUCGAAUUCUUUAACAGCAAUAUGAAUACUCAGAUUGCAUAUGUAACUCUGAAAGAAGAUGGCUAUAUUAAGGAUGCCUUUGAACAAAUGCUCAAAAUUUUUAAGGAGGUACAAUCUGUGGUAGAGGACAAAAUGCAAAAGGAACCUUUAUGUUCCAAGAUUGCAACAGCCAUGUGUUCAAUGGUUGAGAAGACUACCAAUGUAAAGGAGUUGCACCAUUCAGCUAGAGAAAUGUUUAAAAAUGUUCAGACAACACCAGUCUUCGUCUCUUUGUUGAGUAGUGGUGGCAACAUCCUUGAGAGUUUUGAAUCUUCUCUUUCAACUUUGAUGAAGUAUCCCAUCAUGAAUCUUCAGUUAAGUGACUUCUAUAGUAAAGAUGCCAAAGAACAAUCAGAUGCUAGCACAUCUGAGAAAACCUCAAGUCCAGGUCCAUCCAAAAUCACUACAACAGAGAUCUUGAAAAAGUUGCAGGAUGCAUUAAAAUCAGAGAAUGUCAAACAUACCAUUGAGUCAGCUACAGAUCAGUUGGAGCAAAUUAUAAAGACUCUGGUACCUAUUUUAGAAAUCCUACAAAAGGCCAUAAAUGGUAUGGAUACCGUGGUUUCUGUGCCCAAGACUGUUAGUAACAAGAAGGAAUAAAACAAAUGAAGUGCUCAUUUCUGCCAGAAGAUUAAUCCCAACCCUAUGAAUUCUCAUACUACUAGCCAAGAUCAUUUGAUACCAGAUGUGUGGUAUGUUGGAACAAUAUAAAGAAUAGUCAGCUGGCAAUCCAUUUACCUCUAGUUUUGCUUUAUCCAAAUAAACACAAUCAAAG